CAGUAGCUGAUUGCGAGUACUAAUCUUCCAGUCGGAGAGAACGUAGCUCGUGAAUUUUGCUUACGACCCUGCUGGUUUUUUUUUACACUUUUGUCAAAAAAAGUGUUGGUGAUUAGUCUGAAAUUUUUUUUUUUUAUCCCCGAGCAUUCUUCUUCGGGCAAAUCGACUGUAGAGUUCACUACCGGCGGAAACACCCAUCGAAGACAACUUUAUUGACAAGUUACGAACCUCGUUCGAGCUACUCCAAACAAGGAGCUGCGCGGGCUUGCACAGGAAGCGAAGAGGAAACGCGAUCGUAGAAGAAAGCUAAUCGCCAGGCACCCGACAAGAUGCCUGCACCGACAUCAGCACCGGGCACGGUGGAGGGACCACCUCGCACCGAAUUGCAGGAAUUACAGUUGAAGGCAGAUCAAACUACAGAUGAGUCCCUGGAAAGUACGAGGCGUAUGCUGGCACUAUGCGAGGAGAGCAAGGAGGCUGGCAUCCGUACUCUGGUCGCACUCGAUGACCAGGGAGAGCAACUGGACAGAAUCGAGGAGGGUAUGGACCAAAUCAACGCCGACAUGCGCGAGGCCGAGAAAAAUCUCACUGGAAUGGAAAAGUGCUGCGGUCUCUGCGUUCUUCCAUGCAACAAAGGCGCCAGCUUCAAGGAAGACGAGGGCACGUGGAAGGGGAACGAUGACGGUAAGGUUGUCAACAAUCAGCCGCAGCGGGUGAUGGACGAUCGCAACGGGCUCGGCCCUCAAGGUGGCUACAUCGCCAAGAUCACGAACGACGCUCGUGAAGGUGAGAUGGAGGAGAACAUGGGCCAGGUGAACACGAUGAUCGGCAAUCUGAGAAACAUGGCGAUCGACAUGGGCAGCGAGCUGGAGAAUCAGAAUCGGCAAAUCGACAGGAUCAAUCGCAAGGGCGAAUCGAACGAGACGAGGAUAAAGGUGGCCAACGAGCGAGCCCAUCAGCUACUCAAGUAAGGCCACUCUCGACCACCUGCACCCCGUCGUCGGCCACCAACAGCACCAAAUACUACCAUCACCACUGUCACAACCACUACCACAAUUACACUACUGUCAACAACAAUAACAAUAACAAUGACAACAACAACAACAACAGUACACAGCGUCUACAACAAAGAAACAGAAAAAAGAUUAUCAGCUACAGACACACACACAACCGGUUGUUACUCUCAGUUGAUCGUGCUAAUCAUGUAUUUGCAAUUUAUUUAUUACUAUUUACUUAUAUACGCUACGUACCUCGAGGUCAUCGUGAAACCUUUAGCCGAGACGAGUUGACAAAAUAGGCGAUCGAAGUAACGAGUGACAACUUCUUAUAGAUACGUUCUCCUCUUUUUGUUUUCUUUUUGCUUCCGUCCUUACGUCGAUAUCAUUCUACGUUCUUCGUUCUGUUCAACCGUUUAGUUAGUUAGUUAGCGAAUAAUCUGUAAAUAGUAUAAUACGCGUACGUUACGUAGGAUACACGUACGGCGAGGAGAGGAGUCGUUCUCAUCGGCUUUCGUUUUUGAACUCGCGGUUAGCCGACUUACCGUUGUUCGUUGUCCGCCUUUGAAAGAGCUACUUGCGUACUGAGAAAUAAAUUUCUGACCAUUCUAUU